AUGUCAACGAUCUCUCCUUCUCUAUGUUUCGCUCCUCAUCCGAGCUGCCUGAGCUGCCUUCAUGCUACCAGCGCCGCGGUCCAUGGCAGGCGGCAGGCGGCGAUCAGCUUGUACAAGCUGAGCAUGCAAAAGAAGUCACAGGACGGGGGGGGUGGAGCAUUAUGGCGUCCGAGCAUAGAAGGAAGCUCGCUGCUCACAUGGAGCGACGGAAAACCAGUAGGAAGCGUCUCGUCUGUUGCAACCCUGGCUGCCUCCAUGGUAUCUAUCCCCGUGCUCGGCGUCAUGCUAGGAGCGCCUGACUCGCCCUCCUUCAUCACUGAGAUGACGCAGCUCAGCGCCGCCCUCCUCAUCCUCCAGGCAGGAAUUCCAAGCUUCCGCUCCAGGCUAGUCCUGCUUGCGACAUCUGCAGCCUGCCUGCUGGAUGUGCUUGCCUCCGGCAUCGUGGUGGGCAACACCUCUCCCGCUCUCAUCGCCUCCCUCCUCCUCUCCUCCUCCGUCUUCCUCGCGAUGAAGGAUGGAAGUGCUAAGGAAGCUGCGGUUGGGUUGGGGGGGCGGGUCAACAGCGAGGAGGCGGCAGCGGCUGUGAUGGCUGGAGAAGAGGAGGAGAGCAGUGACAACUUUGACCUCAUGUCGUGGGAAGAAAACUUUGGAAUCACCAUGACAAGAGGAGAAAACCCGAGAGACUGGAACGUGGAGGAGUUCUGCUGCGCCCUGCGCGAUGCAGGGCUGGAGGAAUGCGUACCUGCUGCGAGGAGAGCGAAAAUCGACGGAAUGGUGGCGAUGACACUGACGGUAACAGAGGAGGGGGGAGGGGAGGGUGAAAGAUGCAAGAAGUAUGCGGAGAGGAACAACGAAGGGGAGGAGACAAAACCAAGAAGAGAAGAACAGGAGAAGGAGAAGGAGGAAGAGGAGGAGAGAAGAGGUGGGAGGGUCUUGGGCUAA